AUGUCAGAAAAAAAGAAGAAGGAAAAAAAGAAGGAGAAGAAGAUUCUGACGUCUGUCUCUUCGCAUCCAACGGCAGACCGCCGAGUAAAAAGCAACCUGCCACCAUCCGCACCCGAAGUGAAUAGCCUGCAGGAAGAUGAGGAUGCAGGCCAACUUUCGGAGGGCAGCGCUGAAAAUGAGAAGGAUCCCAUGGCCCAGCUCACCGGUCUGGUGGGCCGCCUGGCAGUCGUCGAUGACGGCCAGCUCCACUACUUUGGCUCCCAGAGCUCGCUGAACCUGCCUCGGGAAGCCGACAGCAGCGGCACGGCGGCUCCUUUGAUUCCGCGGCUCAAGGUGGAAUCCCAGGGUGUGGCGGCGGCCAGGCAGCUCGGCACGUCUGUAGACGUGGCGGUCGAGCUGCAGGAGCACCUGCUGGACCUGUACUGGCGGUGGCAGAACCCGUGGAACUACAUCGUGCACAAGGGGGCCUUUCUCAGGAGCCGUCGGGGCCAAGAUGACGGGAGAUACUGCUCCCCCGGGCUGCUGUCGGCCAUGUUCGCCAUCGCUGCCCGUUUUUCGGACCGCGUCGAGCUCCGCAGUGUUCCGGACGACCCUAGCACGGCGGGGAAUGCCUUCUGCGAGCAGGCCAAGAUCCUGCUGCUCUACGAGAGCGAAGCGCCCUCCGUCACCACGGUCCAGGCGGCUGCGAUCCUGGCACUUCGCAUCAUGUCGGAUGGCCGGGAGGCCCUCGGAUGGCUAUAUUGUGACUGCUCCAGAUGGGUCUCGCCAGGCCUCAUCGGCGAAGACGAGAUCGAGGUCAGGAAAGUUACCUGGUGGGGUUGCUAUGUGGUGGAUAAGCUUUUCGCGUCCGGACUUGGCCGUCCGAGCAGCAUACAGAACUCCGGUAUCACCUGUCCCAAGCCCACCAUCGAUCAAGACGAGUACAGUCCUUGGCUGCCGGUGACCAAUGAAGGGGACAAGUCCAGCUCGCUCGGGGCCCAUUCCCACAUCACAUCCACGGCACGCUAUGUAUCGGAGUGCAUGUUGAUCGCCUGUGAGGCAAUCGAGGCCAUCUAUGCUCCCAACAGCCAACUCUCCAGUGGCGAGAUUGACGAGAUCGUGAGCAGGGCAGAUGUGAACCUCCGAGCUUACUACACGGCUCUGCCUACGUAUCUGCGUCUUCCCCUGUCGCCAAAGGUGGCCACCCUACCGCACAUCUACCUCUUCCAGCGCCCUGACCCGCACCGUACCCCGUCAUCCAUCUACACAUCCGGGACUGACAAUGAUCAGCGUCAAAUUCCCAUUGCUGGCGUGCACCUGUCCUACGCCGCCGGUGUCAUACACCUGAUUGAUGCCCGGCCGUCCAAUCCCCAGCGCGGCUCGGCUAUCCGCAAUCUGGCCAUCUCCAUAAACACACUGCAGGACCUGCGCACGGCGUGGUGUGCCUGGGCCGACCGCUGUCUCCGAGGCUUGCAGGCCAUGUCCCGUCAGUGGUACCGAUGUGACCUUUCGGAACUGCGGAGCUGCACCGGCUACGAUCUCCGGGCUGCAGAGCAAGUCCUCCCGACCAACGGUAUGGCUGCUGCAUCUGUUCCUGUUCCUCUCGAGACAGCCGACAGCUUCCGCGUUGCAGAAACAGCGGAUGAUGCGUACGGGGCUUUCUCUGGAGCUGUGGACUCGGACAAAUACCAGGAUGAGAUGCAGCAAUGGUUCCUUGACAAUCAGGACUAUUUGUGGAACAUACCGUUCGACUUUAAUGACUCCGGGGCCUCGGAGUUCCCGCUCAAAGGGGUUUCCGAAUAA